UAAGAGUGUAGUUUAUUGUCAAGUCUCUAUAGGCGUUAAAAACAAGUUCAACUUUUGGAUUAAAGCCCAGCGGAGUGGCGAGGGGCUGUCGGCCGGGGAAAGCGAAGGCUAGAAUGGGCCGCUGAGGGAGAAACUGGAGCUUCGAGGCCGCUGAAGCUCAAGGCGUGGUGGUACCGGUGCUGGUGGUUUGAGGGAGACUUGCUCUCCUGUGUUUUUCGCUGCCCUGAUGCCCCCCUGCAGCAUUGUUGCUUCAUGAUCACAUGACCGUGGAUAUGGACGCAGUCCUAUCCGACUUUGUCCGCUCUACAGGAGCCGAACCUGGACUAGCCAGAGACCUGCUGGAGGGCAAGAACUGGGACCUGACGGCUGCACUGAGCGAUUUUGAGCAGCUGAGGCAGGUGCAUGCUGGGAGCCUGUCCUACACAUUUUCAGAGGAGAGGGAGCAGGCCGUGGCCGAGAGGGACAUGGCCAGGGUGGGCCGGCCUCUCCUGCACCGGCAGGACGAAGUGGUGCAAGCCACAGAGAAACGUCUGUCUCGUGGAAUCUCUCACGCCAGCUCCACAAUCGUGUCGCUGGCCCGCUCUCACGUGUCCAGCACAAGCUGUGGUGGCAGCAGUGAGCCGCUCCUGGACACACCUCUCUGCACCUUCCAGCUGCCUGACCUCACCGUCUACCGGGACGACUUCCGCGGCUUCAUCGAAAGGGACCUUAUCGAGCAGUCCAUGAUGGUGGCUCUAGAGCAUGCUGGCCGGCUGAACUGGUGGACAAAGUUGGGCCCAGGCUGUCAGAGUCUGUUGCCUUUGGCUACUAGUGGAGAUGGAAACUGUCUCCUCCACGCUGCCUCUCUAGGUAUGUGGGGCUUCCACGACCGUGACCUGAUGCUGCGGAAGUCGCUCUAUGCGCUCAUGGACCACGGCCAGGAGAGAGAGGCACUGAAGCGCAGAUGGAGGUGGCAGCAGACCAUGCAGAACAAAGAGUCAGGGCUGGUGUACACUGAGGAGGAGUGGCAGAAGGAGUGGAACGAGCUGUUGAAACUGGCCUCCAGUGAACCCAGGAUACACUACAGCACCAAUGGCACCAACGGGGCGGAGUCGCAGGAGGAGCCGGUGUAUGAGAGUUUAGAGGAGUUCCACGUGUUUGUGCUGGCUCAUGUGCUUCGCCGACCUAUAGUGGUGGUGGCUGACACCAUGCUGAGAGACUCUGGAGGAGAGGCUUUUGCUCCAAUCCCAUUUGGCGGGAUUUAUCUUCCCCUGGAGGUACCGGCUAACAAGUGUCACCGCUCACCGCUAGUCCUGGCCUACGACCAGGCUCAUUUCUCCGCACUGGUUUCAAUGGAGCAGAAGGACAGCUCCAAAGAGCAAGUGGUGAUUCCUCUGACCGACUCGGAUCACAAGAUGCUGCCUGUGCACUUUGCUGUAGACCCGGGCAAGGACUGGGAAUGGGGCAAAGACGACGCCGACAAUGUGAUGCUAGCCAGUGUUACUUUAUCUCUGGAGGCGAAGCUCCACCUGCUGCACACCUACAUGAAUGUGACGUGGCUUCCUCUACCUUGUGAGGUACAGCAGGCUCCCCUUGCCCAACCAGAGUCUCCGACAGCUUCAGCCGGAGAGGAUGCCCGUACACCCCCUGACUCCGGAGAGUCGGAUAAGGAGUCUGUGAGCAGCAGCUCAAACGGUAAUGGGGACUGCAGCGCCACAGGGAGUGUUGGAGCAGCAAAAUCUGGUGGUGGAUCUUCUAGCUCCUCGAGCUCAUCCAGCAACAGCUCCGCCGGAACGACUGGGACAUUAGGCAAAGAGAAGAAGGACAAAAAGGACAAGGAGAAAGACAAGGACAAAGACAAGAAGCGGGCGGACUCUGUGGCCAACAAGCUGGGCAGCUUUGGCAAGAGCUUAGGCAGUAAGCUGAAGAAAAAUGUAGGGGGUUUAAUGACUGGUAAGACGGCGACGGGCAGCGGGGGCAAACCGUCCGAGGGCACAGAGAAGAAGAAGGGCUCUCUGCGGGGUCGUAAAGGCAGCAAGGACGGCUCGCCCUCCAUCCAAACCGGCUCUGAGGACUCUGGGAAAGGCUCGCCCUCUUCAGGAAGCGAGCGGCAGAACGGCAACAGCAGCUCAUCCGAGAGCGAUCCAUACAAGUAUAGCUCAGACGUGAAGGUGAGCCUGAGCAUCCUUCGGGCAGCCAUGCAGGGUGAGAGAAGGUACAUUUUUGCCGGUCUUCUGACCACCAGCAAUCGGCAACCAUACCAAGAGGAGAUGAUCCAGAGGUACCUGGCUGAUGCUGAGGAACGUUUCCGGGCAGAGCAGGAGCAGAGGAGGGAGGCUGAGCGCAAGUCUGGAGUGGUAAAUGGGGUACAGCUCAAGAAAGAGCCGUCGGAUUUAGGCUACCGAAGCUUUGAGAGCAAGGAGGAUGCAAUAGAUGGAGCUCCGCCUACUUUCAAAUCGGCCUCUUUCAGCCCAUCAAUGUAUUCAGGUGUGGUUCCCAUCCCCAGACCCACUUUCAUCGAUCAGUCUCCGGCACCACUUAGCCAGCACCUGCACAUGCAUGGCUACAUUGAUGCCCGAAGACAGCUGGCAGGCGGCUCGCCCUCCACUUACCCCGGCCUGCCAUCCUAUGCCACCCUGCCCCGCCACUGCCCGCUGGCUCAAGGCCCUCCCCACCCUCAGUAUCACCCUCCUGUCCCCUCCGCCACAGUGGUCAGCCCAUCCCGCGUAACGCCCUGCUUCACUUCGUACCCCCAGGAGCAGGAGCCGCUCGACUUUCUGGCAGACUCACAAGGCGGAGGCUAUGCUAACGGCCCAAGGGACCCGCGAUCCAAUUUGGACAGUCGCAGUGGGCCGCCACCAGUCAGGCACUAUUCGCUGGGCAGCGCAGGCGGUUUAGCUAGUCUGCAGUCCAGCCGGUGCCGGACGCCCAGCUGCAACUACUACGGACACCCGGAAACCUGCAACUACUGUUCGUACUGCUACAGGGAGGAGCUGAAGAGGAGGGAAACAGAGCCAGCCAUACACAGGUUCUGAACAGACACCUUGUCUUGACUGGCUUUCUGAAGGACUCUGUGGUGCCCUCUUCUCCAGCGGAGCCUCAGCACCACCUGUCCUGUACCGGAGGAUUUCGCUUCAGACAUUAGACGGGCCUUUGGAGGGGCUCUGAUCAGCCACGGAGAUGGCUGCUGACAUAAAUCGAGGUGUCCAUACCUCUGUUACAUUUGCAGUGGAUUUUAGGCAGGAGCUUUGUGCAAGCGCUGUCACCUCGUUUUUGGUUUGUUUGUUUUUUCGUGCAUUGUUGUCGUCGCCUUCAUACAUGAUCAUAUAUGUAUGAAAGGAUUCGUUUUGGGGCACGAAUUUGCUGCCGUGCAUCGCAUAAACACACCACAUGCAAAUACACCUCCCCCACAUUUAACAUUAACAUCAAGCACAACCAGAAGAUGCACAUUUGUACAGCUACAUAUGUACAAAGGACAUUCGGUGACUUAUUUGCGGCACGUCUGAGAGGGACGAGUAGGGUUUCAGUUUAGCGGACGUAUUGUUUUGCCAUACAAUGUUAGCUAAAUCAUAGACGUCAGCACAUCAUGCUGUUAGCCAGCGUCAAGCCCAAAACCAAACAACACAAUGCUUUAGCCCUGACCCCUUUCUCUCAAGCCAUGUCCUGACUCGCUUAAAUCGGGCCAGCAGGACGUUUUUUUCGUGACUCGGUGCUCUUUUGCUCGUCUCGUACCUCCAAAAGACGCUCCGUGUCUAGCUAAACUCUUGAGGAGCAAAACCUUGACAGCCAAAGGUUUUACUGUAUAGUCACUCCGAGUAGUGGACGCGUUUGUUAAUAUUGCUUUUACGUGAAGUUUUGCGGUGGUGACUUUUCAGGUCAAAGAGCAGAACUAGUGGAUACAGCAGACCUCUUCUUAUAUUGUAGAGUUGCUGAUGUGUCCUUGCUCAAAACAAGGACGGCUAACGUGGUGUCCCCACAGCGGAGGUUGGAGGGAGAGGGGGUUAUAUUGCGAAACAUGGGGGGGUACAUGAGCUACUUAGUUUGUGCUAGUUUUGGGUUGAACCCCUUGCAUCCCAAGUCAGUACUACCUUAAUUUGAACCCAAAGUUAGCUUUAUGUACAUUUUAUCUGAUAACAAACAUUUCCUUUUAAUUUAUACUACGUGAAGACAACACUAGUCUAGUUCAUGGGAAAAUGUGCAUCCUGCUGUAAUUAGCCUAUUUUAUUGAAGUCCUUGCAUUACAUAUUGUAAUCCAAUGGUUUGUCCCUAAUCAACUAAAAUACUCAGAUGUUCGAUUAGAGGUAUUUCGAAAUGUCGGCGAUAUAUAUAGCAAAUAUAUACCCUAGACAUGCUGUUUAUCCCCCGGAAAUACUAAAGAUGGGUCAGUGGACUUUUCUCUGCACAAAGUCAAGCACUUUUCUAAUGUCCAGAGGUCGAGUGUGGUUGUGUGCUUUUUCUUACGUUUGUGUUUGGUGUGUUGGUGAUGAGGAUGAUGACUAUACUAGACUGUUCUGCUGCUGUGGGACGGCGGCUCGGUCCCACGUUGGAGGCACGGUUUUUCAAACUCCACAGCGGAGUUUAGCUCUGAUUCGUGGACGUCUCGGCUUUAGGUGCCACUGUGUUGCGCUCAACCUUGCUGUUUCCUAGUUGCCUUUUUCAGUCUCGGUCCAGUCCUUUUGGAGAUUGUUGAACUGAACUCAGUUGUCAGUUUUUUGUUUUUGUUGUUUUUUUUUUUUCCCUUUCUUUUUUUUCUGGCCGUAAAUGCACUGGUAAAGGUCACGCAAUGGAAAAUUCAUUCUUCAUAGUUGAUAAGUUGCAUGAAGCCACAUACAUUGAAUACUGCUUUUACUACAUACCUUACUACUUGUCUCCCGCCGGUUGAGACAAAUCGUCUCCAUUAUGUCAGCGAGACUGUGCUCCCUGUUAUGUGAGCACAGAGGGAAUGGCUGCUUACGUGUCUUUUGAACAGUUCACAAAACUGGUGUGUGUGGAACCCUGUUAGAGGAAAAUUCAGCGUUUUUCAACCAUCCGCCGCGUCUGUUGGUCUGUAUGCUCGACUACCAUGGACAAUGUCAUUCCUGUACUGUAAAAGAGCAUAAACUCCAAACAGGCUCACUAGACGCCGGCGGGCAGUCGUUUCAGGUUGAAAAACACUGAAAAAUAUAUUUUAAUAACUUGCUGAAACAGGGUUCCACGUGCCAGCAUUUCGCUCAGAAGUUACUUGUGUGGUAGUAGCAGGUGAACGAUAUCCAUGCCAGACGACUGUAGACUCCACAUUGGGCAUGCCGGCUUGAUUAAUUGGUUUAACUCUGUUUUGGCUGUGUACUGUAUGAAGUGUAAUGUCUGUUGUAAAAUCUAAACUACACUUAGUGCUUCUAAAUUUGUCGGCAGCGCUGCUGGAAUAUGAUCCACGGCUGCACCACGGCACAGUCCUCGGCUGAAUGCAAUAACUCAACUAAAGGCAUUUUUCUGUUGACCAAGGCGUCCCGGCUUGUCUGAAAGUUCCAAAAUUUGCCCUUUUUUUAGCGCACCCACAACUUUUGCACAACCACGAUCUGAAAACUGGCAAAAAUAUGAACACACCUCUUCUUACAGUAUGUAUUAAGCGUUUUUGCAGUUGUUACAGAUAAAAAGUUACUGGUUCUCGUUCCCAUUUCACACUUUCAGCACUAUAUAACGCCUUGUGCAAACGUUUUGGCACCCAGGUCAAAUACCUGCUGUUGGUUUUCUAAUUGCACUUGUUCUACAGGGAACGAACUUCACGUAAAUAUGCUAUUUUUCCAUGUUUGGAGCGCAGUUUCUGUUUAAUUGCUAAAUUCAACAUGAAUUGAACUAAUACAGCAUAGAAUGUAUCACACGGCUAACUUUGAACACAUUUUCUCCAGCAGAUCAACAGAAACCAUGCAUUGAAAUGUGUUCCCCGUGCAGGAUGUGUUGAUUUGUUUUCACUCUGGAAAUCAACAGAGCUUUAAAUUUGCCUGGACUUUUUGCAUAAGACUGCAUGCGUAUGUAGUGGCGCCCAAAAGUCUGAGAGCACCGAACAAGCUGAGUGAAAAAUAUCUUUGAUAUUUUGACACAAAUUUUCCGAAUUUUGUUAGUAUUUGGAAGAGAAUUGGUUUACGCAAUUCCACGUUCGUGGAAAAGCCUCUGAUGAGUAUAUCAGAUCUGCUAGAGCGUCGUCUCAGCUUGAGAUUUGUACAAAGGACUAAACAGUGUUACAAAUGGGCAUAAAUUUGAGUCGUGACCUGGAAACGAUACACAGUCUUGAAUCCGCGUUUCAUUGGUCACUUUUCUGUUUCAGAUUUUUCACAUUUUUUAAAAAAUGUUCCGCUGGUUUAAAUGAAAAAACCCCAGAUUUCCAAUGUGCUCUCAGACUGUUGCGCCACACUGUAUCUGUAUAGAGGCCUCUGAAGUAAAUAUGCAAGAUUUUUGGAGUACUGUGCAAAACUCAAAGGCAAAUUUGUGCCUUUAUUGAUGAAAUUGGCCAUGUAUUUCACUGGUUUGUCCAGUGGGUGGCGCAGUUGUAUAAUUUUUCUGAGGUUCUUCAGUGCAUGGCUUGGGACAGCUCAGAUCAUCAAGGACCAUCACUUUAAUCCCCAAAAACCGAAAAGAGGAUUUACAUUUUGCGGUUUCCACCAGAAAUGCAACUUUGUGCUGCUUUUUGUUUUAUUAUUAUUAUUAUUGUUGUUUUUCGGAUUGGAGAGUUUUCUCUGGGUGAGGCACAUUUCAGUGUAACGCACAUAACGAUGGACUCUUUUUCAGCUUGUAUAGACCAGAACGUCGGCUCGGACGUCCGAUUACUACCCUGCUGACUCUCAAACAGAACGUUCCUGUGUUUGUACGUAUGUAUGAGAACGCUUAGGGUAGACAGUUCACUCCCAAAAGCAUCGCAGCUUAAAGCCACAAGCAAGAAAUCGUCACUGAAACGACAGCUAAUUUCUGAACGAGUGAUGUUUCCUCUCCUCACAAUGUAACUGUAGCUCACGUUUAGCGCGGAACGCUUCUUCAGACACAUCGAGCGUCGGACUUAAACAAGACUGCAAGCAUUUUUUUGUAUUAAAGAUGACGGUUGUACAAAUACGUUCGAGUUAUUUUUGUAAACCAAAACCAGUUUUACAGUGUUUUUUAAAUAAAAAGAUGAGAAUGUAUCAUUUGCGGGACACUAAAGCGAAGGGAACGGGAAAGCAGUUGCAUUCGCCCGGAUUUGUAGUAGAGUCAGUAUUCUUUGGGGUGCGCGUUCCGGCUGUCGCAGCUGACCACCUAGAGCCUCUCGGACGCUCUGGUUUCUCGUGAGCACACUAAUUUCUUCCUUAACGACCUGACGAGAUGCUAUGAUUUGAAAAAGUAUAUAUAUUUAUAGUAAGAUUUUUCAGAAGUUUCCUUUUGCAACGUUUAGUUCCGAAACUAGGAUGUUCUUUCGUAGUUGUCGAGCGGACGGGCCUCCCCGAGUUCCAUUCACAUGGUUUUUUUGGUUUUUUGGUUUGUUUUUUUUUUUGUUUUUGUUUUUUUGCUUCUAUUUUUGACCUUGUGUAAAAUAUUUUGAGUACAUUUUUAAAGAUUUAAACUUAAAGUUGGCGCUGACUGCACCUCCUAUCGGAUACGGUGGGCUUCAUUUUGUUAUUAUGUAAUGAACUGACUAUUUUUAUAUUGUACAUUUUCAUGGAUGUGACAGAACUGCAGUCAUCAGCAUCUUCUAGUUUGCAUGAGACUGAAACUGUUGCAUGUACAGUACAUGGCAGAUGCAAUUCAUUCAAACCAAAUUUGUGCGAUACUUCUGGUUAAUUGGGCAGUUUGUGGUCUUAUUUCUUUUCUUUUUUUUCUCUUUUUCGAGAGGCAAGCCCAGGCUGUGUGUGGCAGUGCAAUCGAGACGGAAAGAACAUCUGGUUUUUAUGUUAGUUUUGUUUUUUGUUUUUUUGUUUUUUUUUCUUUUUGCACCGUUUGAAUAAAAUUCUCAUUGUAUUUAAACACGAA